AUGCCCGACGACGUCGAGGAAGUUACACACCCUGAGGGUACCUCGUCCUCCGAUGCUACGUCUUCCUCUCCCAUUCUCAUCGUCGUGAUGGGCGUAUCUGGCUGUGGGAAAUCCACCCUUGGGUCUGGCAUCGCGGAAGCGCUCCAUCUCCCUUUCAUCGACGCAGACGACAUCCAUCCGCCGGCCAAUAGAGCCAAGAUGACAGCCGGAAUCCCUCUUACGGAUGCGGACCGCGCCCCUUGGCUCGUCAAGGUCCGUGACGAAGCCGGUCGCAUCGUUCGCGAAGGUCUCGCUCCGCACAAGGACGGUUCUGAAGAAGACAAGCAGGCUGGCAGAGGCAGGGGUGUUGUCGUGGCUUGCUCUGCGUUGAAGAAGAGUUACAGGGAGGUUCUUCGGGGAGAUAGGGUAUUACUGGAGGAGGACCACCAGACGCACGAGGAAAACGACCAUCCGCAUCCCGCGCCGCCUGCGUUGAGAACCUUUUUCGUACAUCCGCAUGGGGCGAGGGAUUUGUUGUUGGAGAGGAUGCACAAGCGGAAGGAUCAUUUUAUGAAGGCGUCCAUGUUGGACUCACAAUUGCAGACUUUGGAAGAUCCGUUGGAAGGCGAGGGUGGUAAGCCGGAAGCGGGGACCAUAAGGAUUCCGUUAGAGCUCUCGAUGGAGGAACAGGUGAAAAUGACGGUAGACAAGUUAAAGGAGUUUAAUGUCGAAACGGCUGCGUAA